CGUGUGAGAAGCAGGUGGCCGGAUCUUUGGUCUGGACCGGAACUGCCACGGAUGCCUGCCUCCGUGUUUCGAAUCAUGUUACAAACGUCGAUCAUCAGUAGUUGCCGGAAAACAAGGCAACUUUUUUUUUUUAAAAAAAUAGAAAUGCUGCUUGAAACAAGUAACAAACUUCAAUGUCGACGCUGUGUAUUUAGUUUGUCGCCAUCGUGCCUGUUUGCCCUCGAUGUUCAAUUUCGUUUCCUUAAAGGGUCCCGGCAGUCGGCUCACGGAGUGAUGUGUGGGGAUUUAUAGACUGCAAGGCGGUUGUGUGCACUGUGCAGUUUUUUUUGCAGUCGUCACGUGCGAAUUGCGUAGUGUUGCUUGCCAUCAUAUCUGACAGGCGUUCACCUGACAACUCCUCUCCCAGCACAUCCAACUCUCUGUGGUUUGAAGGCACACUCGACAGCACAAUGGCUUCGAAGUCUGAGUACAGUGGCAGAUGCCACGUGGCCGGUGAAGAUGUCAAACUGUGUCGUGCAGGCAUUGACGACUUGCCUGACGAGAUACUGGUAACGAUUUUCUCACACGUAUCUUUCAGUGACCUACUGGAUGUGGUACAGAAAGUGUGCCACCGUUGGAGAAGGCUGUCACAAGAGAUGGAGUUGUGGGCUGACAAGGAUUACCAUGUAGGGAUCCCGAGCCAUUGCAACUCGAAGAACUGUAAGGGUAGUGUGACAGAGCUGGAGGCAAUACAGAUCUUCCAAAAUGCCCCAAACCUGUGUAAAGUAUGCAUAUGGCACGAUGUCAGCCCCCGUCUCUUCCGUACGCUCUCUGAAAAAUGCCGAAGACUCAAAGAGCUGCGCUUGCGUAGCAGUCAGAAGCCUAGCUACUCGAUGCUGAAGAACUUGGUCGAGAAGUGCUCCAGUCUACAGAUGAUGCGGAUAUCAGACAAUCUGCUGAGAUCUGAGGAAUUUUCAGAGGCAGUGUCACGGCUACGGAACCUCCGUGUGCUGCGUCUGGACCACGACUGCACAGAGGGUACUUCUGCCUCGCAACCUUGUGUACUGCUGCGACCUUUGGCUGACGGAUGCCCGCAACUGGCUGAGAUGGACUUUGGACGGUCGUUUGCGAAUAUUGACGAAUUGAGGUAUUUUCUGAAUGCCAAGAGUAAUACCCUCAAGUCGAUACGCAUAAAGUGGACGAUGGGUGGGACAAGGUCUAUCUCACCAUUGCUGACAGUCUGCGCCAACAGCUUAGAACGUGUGCAACUCUAUGAAACCCACUUAGACCACACAGCAGUGACAGAGGCGUUUACCGCCCUGGGAAGCUUGAAGAACUUGCAGGAACUUAUGAUAACACUCCCUGAUCGACUACUGCCUGGAACAACUGCUCUAGCAUUUAAGAAUGGAGGGCUGCCAAAGCUGAGAGUGCUACAUCUACAUAAUGGGUGCAAACUGGAUGAUGACGCAGUGAUUGCCAUCAGCCACGGGUGCCCUGCUUUGCGAGAGCUGUCUAUCAAAUAUGCUGAGAAUCUGUCUGAUACUGCCUUCUCUCAGAUCUACCAUCUGGAACAUCUUGAAAUACUGGAUUUAUCGUGUUGCAGAGGGCUUGGCGAAGCCCUGUUCCCCUCCCUAGUUGGGCUACCUCGACUUAACAAGUUGCGAUUCGAAAACAUGGAUUUUGUGAAGUUGCAACCAGGUCUUAGCAGUAUCCUUGAAUUAUCGGGUUUGCACUGCCUGAUAUUUGAUUAUUGCUGUGUUACUGGAGUGCCGUUUGAUAAGUUUCCUGGAAAGCUUGUCAAUCUCAGGGAACUGGGAGUCGAAGGGUGUCGAGGUGACCCUAAAGCCGUAGAUGGCCUGACUGAGCAGAUUCCCAAUCUUAAAGUGUACGGUGUCGUUCAGGCUGUGGAAUCAGCUUUGUACAUUACAAGUGACGAGAGUGAUGUGGAAUUUGCAGAGGAGAAUGCAGUGCCUGAAAAUGCGUAUGACACAAUGGAUGACCAUUCGGAAAGUGAUAGAGGCAGUGGUGGUGAUAUUAGCAAUAGCAGUGAUAGGAUGUGAGAUAUUAGUGUUUAAGAUGAAAGCAGUAUAUCAGUUUUCAUUCUAGAUGACAUAUAAAAGUGAUACGGUGUAUCUAUAGGGAAUUAUAAGUGUAAAUACUUGUUACAUCUCAUCUGGAACAUUGUAACUGGGCCAAAAUUUAAUACUCUGUCAUUACUGGAUUGUGUGUCAUUGUGGACUGCUAAAUGCUGUCAGGCUACAAAUAAUUAAUUAUUUUUGGUAUAAUGUAGCUAAACUAGUUUUGCCGUAAUGUCAUAUCAAACAAAAACAGUUUUGAAGGGAGAUAAUUACAAAUAAUUUUGGAAAUGUGUGGAAAAAAUUUAAAACAUGUACAAUAACAUUGUUUGAAUUCUUGUCGUAACAACAAUGGAUUUGCAGUGACACUUAUCUUUAAGUGAUAUAAUGUUAGCACUGGUGAGGUAGCAAUUCUUAAAUAGCAGUGGCAGGAUUAGCAUGUCUGAUUGUGAAAAAACAAUUAAUUUAAAAUUAUUAUUAAAUGUUUGUUUUACCUGUUUGUCCCAUAGGUUUUAUUCUGGCAUAUCUUUUCACUUUUUAUUUGUAUUACA